ACGAUGUCAUCGACCGAUGGAGAUACGUAUGAGUACACUGCCAACACGUCGUCAGAAGACCGGUUCCAUUAUGCUGAGGGGAACAGCAUGAAGGACUAUGAGCAUGAGACUUCGGAUCUGGUCUACCAGGGCGGUCACCAGCAUCCCGUUGUACCAGCAUCAACACCAGCAGCAGUCUCGGUGAAGGCGAAUGGGCGUCGUGGCCUCGCACGGGACAGCCACGUGAUGACGACAGCAGCAGUGGCCCCAGCGGAGGCCUACAUCUCUAGUGACUAUGUCACCGCUCGCGACACGAGCAAGCAGCCGACUCCCAAGCGAACGAAAGCUUUCGACGUGGCUUCCCAGGGCGUCUCAGUUGGGCAAGGAGGCCCGGAACAGGGACGCUCCAUCUUCGGGAUGCCAGCAGGCACGUUCACCCUCUACACCAUCCUGAUGGCCCUCUUUGUGGUGGCGCUCAUUUACGUCUACGUUCUGUUUAGACCGGACCCGGUUCGGCCACCGAUAGCCAAGAAGCUGGGCCGGUGGGCCAACGACAGUGCUUCCACUGUCGAAUGACGGAAGUGUUGUUACAGAAGUGAAUGCAUGAAAAGAUCGGCUACACUUAACUUGCCUACUCUCGCCUUGUCCUAAUUUGACCUAAUUUUAGAAUCAUCUUUAGUGAAUGCUAACAUUACGAGAUUGGUAUCUGUUGUGUCUGCGUCAUACCCGUCUCGGCGCAUGCGCAGUCCGUUUCCUUUCCUUCUUCCCGCUCCCACUUCCUUGCCCACUUCGGGGAUAAAAGCAAUCGC